GAUGGCAGAGGAGGAUAAAACCCGCAAUAAUUCCGUUCAACACACUAAUCCACCUAUUAAUUGGUUUGAAAAUCUUCAAAAAUAUUUAAUGGGUAAUAUGGAAGUUUUGGAUCAAUUUCUGGAAGAUAAGCCGGUGCUCUUACAAUUUCCAAUUUGGAUGUUAAGAGCAACUGGUGCCCCUAUAUUCGUGAACAAUCCGUUAAGUGGGGUGUUUAUUCUUGCAGCUCUUUUUUACUCGAAUUCAUGGGUUUCCGUAUGCGCUCUGAUGAGUCUUGUUGUGGCUAUCUCGACAGCCUUACUCUUAAAUCGUGAUCAAUCUGAAAUAUCCAGCGGUGGCAUAACGUUCAAUAGUAUGUUGACUGGAAUUAUCGUUUCUAGUAUGAUUGACAAGGAUGAUUGGUACCCAUGGACAAUAUUUCCCAUCGUAUUCUUAAGUUUUUCAUGUUAUGGACUAAAUAAUAUUUUCUCGGCAAUUGAAGCCCCAGCAUUGAACUUACCCUUUUGUGUAUUAUCAUUUAUCUUCAUUGGAUCGUGCUUAUCAAAUACUGAUAACAAUUAUUUUCCGAUUAAAACAUCAGUAGGAUACAAUUAUACGGAUGAUUUGGAAUGGGGAAAAGUUUUUAAAUCAAUUGUCACAAGUGCUGCACAAAUUUACGGUUCAGACAAAGUAGUUUGCGGCGUUUUGGUUCUGAUGGGUCUCUUCGUUAGUUCUCCAAUCAUUUGCUUACAUGCUGUGUUGGGAGUUAUUUAUAGUUCUUUAGUUGCCGUUGCUAUUGACGCUCCUCCUGAAGAGAUUUAUAACGGAUCAUGGUCUUACUGUGCAUUACUGACUUGUGCCAGUUUGGGAGGUUUCUUUAUUGUUCUUAAUAUAAGAACUCAUAUAUUGGCAAUAACUGGGGCUUGUUUGUCGACGAUAGCAUUUGGAGCGUUAAGAGAAUCGUUAAAACCUUUACCAGUUUUGGCAUUCCCGUUUGUUCUAACAGCAGUAAUUCUUUAUAAAUCCGCCGACGAUGUUUACUUUAAGAAAAUACCACUUCAGAGUAUAUCAUAUCCGGAAAAACAUAUCAAGGAGUACGGUCAUCAAAAUUCAGCUGUUUCUCCAAUAGUACCACCCGUAUAA